UUUGAUUGAAACAAUGCAUACUUUAUCAUAAAUAAGGUGAACUAGUUAAAAUGUGACUAAAAUUAACAUGUGACUUCAUGUGGUGUAUACCGGAUAUGAGUGAAAUCUCGCUUCCGGGCGGGUGAUUGGAACCUGACACUGCGAGCAUGUCUGCACUCGUGGAGGAAGCGAUCAGACUGUACAGGGCAGAGGAGCGCAAACUCACGGAAACUAUCUGGCUAUAUAAAGAGCUCUUACGCUCCAUGAAAACACGUGUGAAAGUCAGCAGUGAAGCAGAAACACCGGACAGCAUCAAAGAUCAGGGCAUUCCUCUGAAAGACAGACAAGAGCUUGAGCUCCUAGAACAAGUUCUGAAAAAGGCUUUGAAAAUCCGCAGCAGCUCUGCAGUUAUCUUGAAUUACCAAGAAAACCCAUGUUCUAGUGGGAGCGUAGACAAAGCUCCUGCUGUUAAAGGCCGUGAUAAAAGAAACUGCCAGAAAUCUUCAUUGCUGUCUUCUGAGUUGAAAGGAAGCCAUCAGCAUGAAGGACAAUUAAAAAGCACUGCUGGCUGUGGAAAUGAUGCUACAUGUCAGGUUCCGGUAAAGACAGGGCCAUCUUCUCGGCUCACCGUCAGAGGGAAGCAUUCAGGUAAGAAACCGGUUUCCACACAAAAAACUACAACAGGCAGUGUCCAAACAAGGUCCUGUCAGGUGACCAGUUGUUCCAGAGGAUCAGACAGAGGAAUGCUUAGUGUCGGCUCAUCAUCUUUAGAAGAGAGGACAUCUCAAACCAAUCAGGAGUCAGAAAUGCAAAGUAAAGCUUUGGCUCCCAAAGAACAAUGGCUACCCUCUCCAUCCUUACCAUUAUGGCAGACACAACAGGCCAAAAAGAACAAACUGUGGAAUAAAUCUUUGAGCAGACAUUCUAAACCUGCACCAGAGAGAGAUCAAUUUAGGAAGAGACUUAUUAGUACUUUUCCCAAUGAGUGGUCUUCUGUUCAAAUAGCUGCCAUGGAAGAAGAGCUUGAUGUCCUUACACAGUUAGGGCUCGACCUGACUCACUGCUAUAAUGCUGAUCUUCAAAUCCACCAACUGGGAUGGAGUCCAGAACUAUCAACAGAGAGGGAAUAUGAAUCUCUGCUAAUGCUGACAGGACUGGAAAAAAUGAUGGUGCAGAUCAUUAAGGAAGCUGAUCGUCUCAAAAAAGAUUGGGAGAGGAAGAUGGCAUGGUGGUACGGGGCUUUGUGUCCAUUGCACAGCAGGGUUGAGUGGCACAGCUCAGAGCGACCCUGCAUUCCCCCUUUACUGGCUUAUAGCAGUAAAGGCGAGUUAGAAGAGCUGCAGAGUCUGAGGCUGUAUGUAUCUCAGCUGAAGCUGGAGAUCCAUGCCCACCAGGCCAUGUGUGAUACACUCAUCAAUCAAAUCUCCUGCGAGUCCCCAUCAUCUAAUCGACCCAGUGCUACUGCUCUACGUGGUGUUUAUUCGCUCCUGGGAGAGGGAGGUGCUCAGUUUCCAAGUUUGGUCUUGGACAAUGAUUCCGCUUAAAUGUAAAGAAAAAUAAUGCAAACUUUUUUAUAAUAAGUGAACCAAUUAAUUAGAUCUGAUUGAUUUCUCACCCACGGAAACAAUUUGAAUAGCGUCCUCCAGAUUUUUUGGUGUGUGUGUGAAACAGAUGUUGUCUUUAUCUAUUGGGUUAAAUGCUGGCAGCCAAGAUCCUGCAGCUGCUCGGAUGUAGGAGGAAUUAAGCUGCCAGCUGCCAUUAGCGGCUGUUUUUCUUCUACUUGACACCAUUUCAAAUCACCGCUCUGUAGUAGUUUGCAGUACGCUCUGUAGUACGCUUAUCAGCAGCUUUUUUUUACAUAUCAAGAAUUUAUAUUACAAAGAUAGUUAAUAUAAAUGUUGAUUUAUGUCUUAUGAGUCAUGUUUUGCUGAGGUUUUACCAGCAGAGAGCACCAUUUUGCACAAUCGUAGUCACGUCUGUCCUCCGGAUUUGCAUCUUCUGCUGUGAUGUAGAUUUUAAAACUUCAGGGCUUGUUAAUGAGCUGAUUAGUUAAGAUGCAUGUGUUGUGGAAAAGGAAAGCAGCAAAACAUGCAGCAAAGGAAACCCAGGCACGUGGAGUGCGAGAUAAUGCCUGAAUUGAGUAUUGUAAGAAGUUCUUACAAAAUUGUAAAUGAUUUAGGAACAAAUUAGAUUUUUAUUUAAUUUAAAAUCUUUUAAAUCUCCUGAGGACAUUUGCUGUUCUUUAUACUCCUAUAUUCCCUUUUCAGAUUGUUAUUUUAAAAUAUGCAUGUUCAUAAACACAAAAACAGAAAAAAAAAAAAAGACGUGUGUGCUUUUAUGAGAAAAAUUAAGGUUUUCUUUUUUGGCAAUCAUGAAACAACGCAAUACAGAAAACUAUAUGCUGUUUUCAUUUCACAGAAAUAAAUUCUUUGUUUUAGAUCA